AUGACUCCAGUCCCCAAUACGUCGUUGGCUCGUCGGGUUCAGGACUAUGCUCGAGAGCAUCUCCCAGCAUGUCUGACGAUGAAGUACUACUAUGUCCGGGACUCGCAGUUUGCGGACGAAACCUACUUCCUUACUGUAUUUUGCAUGAUAUCGGCACCACGCCAGAGGCUCUCGGCACCACUCAUCUCGGCUUCGAGAUUUACAGUGGCCGAGGGGGCAGCUGAAGCCAUCAUUCGCCAUCAAGAUCCCUGCAAGAUGGGAUCCAUUACCACAGUAGGACAGUUGAUCCCGCUGGCCUCCAUCCUCGUACGGGUGUGCAUUCGCAGUUGGUGCACCACGAUACUGUGCGCUAUGCCAUCCAGCAUUUCCCGCCGUUGCGGUGGAGCGAAUUGUUUUGGCAACACGGUGCUUCAAGAGAACCGGCACAAACCCUGGGCUCACACCACGACUCUGGGUGAGGAUGAUUUCCCAGACAACAUUCUGGGUAAUGCACAUGCUGCGCCGUUCGAGCAGAACGAGCGAUAG